UAUAAUAUCACAUGGAGCAAAUGAAUAGAAGGCAGAUGACUAAAAGAAGAUGCGACUUCUCUUUUUAGUCUUGAUGGUUCGUUUUUUGUCAUUUUAAUCCAGUUUUUUUUCUUUCUUUUUUUUGUGAAGCUGGUCAGCUUUUACACGUGUCUUUUUAGCUGAAUUAGUACAAGAAAGUAAGAACGGGACGGAUCAAGAAGGCUGGGAAGAAAGAAUUUGUGGAUUAUCAAGCAGGUUGGGUCCUUAAGUGCUCUCUGAACACAGACGGGACCCCUGGAGCUACGUACAACCUAGUAAACGUAAAAAAGAAAGCCUUUGAAGGAGAAUGGAUCUACUUUCUGCAACCAUGGGAGCUGUAUUUUAUCCCCACCAUUAAUUGGGUCCACAUUUGAGAAUUUGCAGAGUCUGUAAGAGCAGCAGCAUGUUUGUAUUUUCAGCUUUGUGUAAAAACCUCUAAGCUAACAGGAGUACAAAGCUCUCAGUUUAGCUGAAAAGGUGUGGGAAGCCUGCAGAGGACAUCCAGCCAGCGCAGUGCCAUGACUUACCAAAGAAACAACUAUGCUCUUAACACCACAGCUAACUAUGCCGAUCCGUACCACUCUGCACAGUACCGGCCCUCUGAUCCGAACUACGCCCGGCAGACUAUCGUCAUGGACGACGGCGCCCCCCGCUCGCCCUCCAUAGACAGCAUUCAGAAAGAUCCCAGAGAGUUUGCUUGGCGUGACCCGGAGCUGACAGAGGUAAUCCACAUGCUGCAGCACCAUUUCCCCUCAGUGCAGGCCAAUGCAGCCGCCUACCUGCAGCACCUGUGCUUCGGUGAUAAUAGAGUCAAGAGUGAGGUGUGUCGACUGGGAGGAAUUAAACACCUGGUGGACCUGCUCGACCAUAAAACCGUCGAGGUCCAAAGAAACUCGUGUGGGGCUUUGAGGAACCUUGUUUAUGGGAAAGCUAUGGAUGAAAACAAGAUCGCUGUCAGGAACGCAGGAGGGAUCCCCGCUCUGCUCCGCCUGCUGAGGAAGACGGUCGAUGCCGAAGUGCGGGAGCUCGUCACAG